GAUGUUUAAUGACGCGCCCUGCGAUUUUUCCAAUCAGCCCAUCUCGCCAUGCACCAGCGUAGCAUGCCUCACGGAUUCCCUAGAGCUCCCUCUCGUUGUUCACCAAGUUACUGUAUAUGCUGGAAAACCCGAACAAUUCGCAGCGAUUCAUGUGGACGACAUGCAACGAUUGUCGGUCGCGCGUUUCGAGCUUGUAGUGCUUGGGGGGAAGAAAGGAAGCAAGACGGCGCUUGUCUGCGUCCCUCUCGAAACCGGCGAAACCGGUCGGAUUGAAUUGCACGAAAGCGCUCGUAGCAAUUUGAGAGUCAAACUUGGAGAUCGUGUCUCAGUCCGACGGGCGACUUCCGAUGAACACGGGAGGUUAAUCGUUGUAAUUUCUCUUGAAAGCCACUAUUCCGGCGUCAGUAAUAGGACGGAAGAGCUCCUGCGAACAUACUUUGCGGAAGCUUCUCGGCGCCUUUUACCCUUCCACGAGGGUGACGUCUUCGUGGUUCAGGACACCUUGCGGUUCAAGGUCCUACAGACAGACCCGCCGGGCUUCUGUACUGCGACGGAGGACACCAGAAUCGAGCUUGGAUUGGGAUACCGUGAUAUUGGAGGCUGCACAGAGCAAAUAGAACAGAUCCGGAAUUGGGUGGAAGUCCCACUCUUGCGCCCGGAAGCUUUCGCGGCGAUCGGAGUAAGGCCACCACGCGGUGUUCUCUUAGUUGGGUCACCAGGCACCGGGAAGACCCGGAUCGCCCGCGCAGUUGCGAACCACGCCGGCGCCUAUUUCAUCGCUAUACGGCCUUCCGACGUGAUGAGUAACAUCAUUGGCGAGAGCGAGGAAAGGCUUAGGUCUGCCUUCGACAAAGCCAAACGCCUCAAGGGACGGCGGGUUAUCAUAUUCAUCCAUGACGUCGAAUCGAUUGCACCGAAGCGGAAUAAGGCAAGCAAUUGCGAUGUCCGUCUGGCUGCUCAGCUUUUCACUCUCAUGGAUGAUAUAAUGAAUUAUUCGAACAUCAUCGUGUUGGCCACUACCAAUCGGCCGGAUUUAAUUGACCCUGCUCUGAGACGCUUUGGACGCUUUGACCGUGAAAUCAUGUUCACGGUUCCGGACACACUCGGUCGCCUUGAAAUUUUAGGUAUCCAUACACGCGCCGUCAGACUCGCUGAUGAUGUCGACCUUGAAACGAUAGCCACCGAAACUCACGGUCAUGUUGGCAUGGAUCUAGCUUCGCUUUGCUCAGAGGCCGCUACGCGCCAGAUCCACAGGAAGUUCAUCCUGGACAACCCAAAUAGCGAGGAGGACGCUGUCGAUUCCUUACGAGUGUGCAUGGAUGACUUUCGAUUUGCCCUUUCAACCAGCCGCCCCUUUUCUUUGCGAAACAAUCCUGUCAUGGAGAUACCGCAUGUCAGGUGGAAAGACAUCGGUGGCCUGGAAAAUGCUAUACAGGAGCUGCGGGAGAUGGUUCUGUUUCCUAUCAGGCAUGCAGACAAAUUUGAACGAUUUGGUAUGUCGCCAUCCACCGGCAUCUUGUUGUAUGGUCCGCCAGGAACUGGUAAAACCCUCCUCGCGAAGGCUGUGGCCUGCGAAUGCGGUUUAAACUUCCUUUCCGUCAAGGGCCCAGAGCUGCUUUCUAUGCGAUUUGGUGAAUCCGAAGCGAACGUCCGUAAACUGUUCGACCAAGCUCGCGCGGCGGCGCCUUGCAUAGUAUUCUUCGACGAGCUUGAGACUCUCACCAAGCCUCAUGGUUCACACAUGGGUGAUAGCGGAGCCAGUGGUCGUGUGUUGAAUCAAUUGCUCGUGGAGAUGGACGGAAUUAACGUGAGGAAGGACGUGUUCGUUAUCGCGGCCACAAAUAGACCAGACCAGGUCGAUCCUGCCCUCCUUUGUCACGGGCGUUUUGAUAGACUCAUCCACAUUGCCCUACCUGACGAAACAGCACGCCUUUCCAUUCCGAAGGCGAUAUUACGGGCGCCACCUGGACCCACUCUGACCGGAUUCCCAGCGGAGACGGAUCUCAAGUGGCUUGCCCAGAAGACACCCGGAUUCUCAGGUGCGGAUUUAAUGGGAGUUUGUCGCCGUUCGCUGGAAUUGUAUCUACGGUCACUUGGCGAAGGGAAGGGAAUGAAAUGCCAACGGCAGGCCACCGUUCACAGCAAAGAUUCAUGCUUGAUCACCAGGGAGCACCUCAAGGAAGCCCUAAGGCAAACACGCCCCUCAGUUUCUGAAGAAACAGCUUAUCGUUAUGAGGUUCUUUCCGCGCAAUCGGAAAAUACAAAUGUAUCAAUACCCAAGCCACGUUCUUCGCCUUCUAUGUACAAAACUACUCCCGUUUACUGGAUUUGGGUCCAUUUAUCUGCAAUAUUGGGAUAUCUUUUCGCUCAAAUCGGGAGAGUCGUGGACUACCCCCAUAGACGUGCCCUUCUCGUUGCCAACGAACCCUCGCCGGCGACUUUAUGCAAACUCCUUGAGGCGACCCUUCUCAACCCUCCUCCUUUACUUUCAAUGAAUACGCAAAAUCGCGGCAAGUAUGCACAGCUGCUCACCGUCGUGGGGAGGCGGACAGCGUUCGAGGCGUCACCGGUGCAACUCGCCGUUGUGCACCCGGACACCACGGAGACGAUGGGCAUACAACAAUUUCAAACUAUCUUGAUCAGGGCAGAGAACGGACGAAGCACUGCGCUGAUGUGCUUCUCGGAUGGGGAUUGUCCAAGGGGGAAGAUAGAAAUACACGAAGACGCUCGCGCAAAUUUAGGAGUGAAUUGGAGCGACAGGGUCGACGUACGGGGUACCAUCCAUGGCCAGGACUUGAUCGCGAAAUCGAUCUAUGUAGAAGCCCCUCACAGUAGCUGCAGCAACGCCGAGGUGGUACAUGUCUUGAAGGAAUACUUUGACGAUGCCGCUCGCAGACAGCUCCCUUUGCACGAGGGUGACGUAUUUGUCGCUAAAAAAAUGCGGUUUGGAGUCGCCAAAAUGGGCCCACUGGCAUUUGGUAGCGUAGGGAAAUCUACCAAAGUUGAACUUGUCACUCGAGUCGUCAAUCAUUGGGAAACACGCCCAAAUCCACCUGCAACCACUCGCAAAGGUGGUACUAGUGAACAGCCAUACCCAAGUAUCACUUUCCAGGCAGAAACAGUCAGCGAAAGCAACAUCAAUCUCAGUGUCACUCACUACCACCGCACAUUGGUAAUUAUGAGCCCCAGGCUGGAGGACGUGGGUAAAUACCCUCUAUGUGGACCUCAGAUCGAUCACAUUUCGCAAAUGGCGCAGGUAGCGCAGGAUACGGUUCCGAACGCAUAUAUGCGCUCCCCCCAGCCAGUGCCAUAUACUCUGUGUACCUA